AUGCUGAAACAACUCAGACCGUCGUCUGCCGAAUGGCGAGGUCAUCAAAACCCGGCGGCGCUCACGAAGUCGUCUGCGGGAUUCGACACGACCAAAUUGUUCAUUGGCGCUGAGGGUACUCUGGGCAUUGUCACGGAAGCUCCUCUGAUGCCAACGUCUGUGGCAGUUGUCCACUUCCCCGACGUGCGGAAAGCAACGGAAGCAGUAUGUGAGGUCAUGAACAAGGGCGUCGGUAUCCGUAAGCACCGAACUCAAACGUUCACGCUAGCACGGUUUGACCCAGACCACUAUGCUGUCGCAGAAUGCGUCGAAUUGUGUGACGACGACUUCAUGCGCUCGACCAAUGUAUACGGCAUGUCGCUUCGGAAGUACCCGGAGAAAGACAGCCUCUACUUCAAGUUCCAGGGCCCCACCCAGCGGUCAAUCAAGGAGUCAAUGGAAAUCGUCCGCGACAUCACGAAGAAGUACGGCGGCACUGGGUUCACGACAGCCAACAACGACAAGGAGGCCGCGGAUCUGUGGCAGGACCGGAAGAACGCGCUGUAUUCGGGACUGGCGCUGGUGCCGGGAGCUCGAGGGUGGAGCACGGACGUGUGCGUGCCUGUGUCGAGAUUACCGGACCUCGUAUAUGAGACGAAGAAGGACAUCCAACAGUCAGGUAUCGUAUCGACGAUCGUGGGUCACGUUGGAGAUGGCAACUUCCAUGCGCUUCUCCUGUUCAAGAAUGACGAGGAGCUCGAGACUUGCAAGCAUCUCGUACAUCGGAUGGUAGAGCGUGCCAUUGCACUGGAUGGAACAUGCACUGGUGAGCAUGGAGUGGGUCUAGGCAAACGGAAAUAUCUCGUCGACGAACUCGGCGAAGGCACCGUGGAACUGAUGAAGACGAUUAAACGCGCGAUCGACCCCUACAACCUGUUCAACCCAGGAAGGUGCGCGGUAGUCUGCCACGCGUCCAUCUACUGA